AUGCUAGGAUUUAUUGGUAAGAAAAUUUCCCCGAACGCCUUGAAGCGGAACUUGGCAACAAGUGCUCCAUUUUCCAAAACUUCUCAACUUGACAGAGCCACACUUACCAUCAAGAAUGGACCCAUUUUCGAUGGCUACUCUUUCGGGGCGAACAAGAAUAUCAGUGGUGAAGCCGUUUUCACCACAUCUUUGGUGGGAUACCCAGAAUCUAUGACUGAUCCCUCCUACAAGGGUCAGAUUUUGUGUUUCACCCAGCCAUUGAUUGGUAACUAUGGAGUUCCUUCGUCCACUGCAAGAGAUGAGUUCAACUUGCUAAAGUACAUGGAGUCGCCUACUGUUCAGUGUAUUGGUAUUGUCGUCGCUGAUGUUGCCUUGGACUACUCCCACUGGACUGCAGUUGAAUCCCUUCAACAAUGGUGUCAAAGAUCAGGAGUAGCUGCCAUCUCCGGAGUUGAUACCAGACAAUUGGUCAGCUACUUAAGAGACAAGGGUUCCUCGUUGGCGAAGAUCACCAUCGGUGAAGAGUAUGAUGCUGAUGAAGACGCGGCGUUUGAAGAUCCAGGUGCGGUUAACUUGGUUCACAAGGUGACGACCAAAGCACCUUUCCACGUUGCGUGCCCUGAGAAAUACAACAAGGGCUACCACAUUGCAGUUUUGGACUGUGGUGCCAAGGAAAAUAUCUUGAGAUGUCUUGUUCAAAGAGGAGCAUCUUUGACUGUUUUCCCAUACAAUUACCCAAUCCACAAGAUUGCCAAUAAGUUUGAUGGUGUCUUUAUCUCUAAUGGCCCCGGAGACCCAACUCACUGCUCUCAGACUAUUGAGAACUUGAAGCAGACAAUGAACAAGUACGAGGAAUUGCCAAUAUUCGGAAUUUGCUUGGGCCACCAGUUAUUAGCAUUAGCCAGCGGAGCCAAGACUAUUAAGUUGAAGUAUGGUAAUAGAGCCCACAAUAUUCCCGCAUUGGAUGUGUUUUCUGGAAAAUGUCAUAUCACCUCCCAGAAUCACGGUUACGCGGUAGAUGCUACAACUUUACCUUCUGACUGGUUGCCUUACUUUACGAAUUUGAAUGACUUGUCCAACGAGGGGAUGCAACAUAAGUACAAGCCGAUUUUCUCCACGCAAUUUCAUCCUGAGGCCAAGGGAGGUCCAUUAGACACUGCCUACUUGUUUGACAAGUUUUUUGACAAUAUUGAAACUUACAAGAACAACAACGGCUUGAACUUGGGCAAUAUCAGCGACUCUUUGCUUGUGGAUAUUUUGCCGAAGGAGAGAGUACAUUGA